UAUCAACUAUUGGGUCUUAUUCUUCUUUUUUGGCUAUUUUCUUUCUUUCCCUUGAAAGAAUGUUGAUUGUUUUAUUUCCUUUAAGGUUUUUUCAUAAAUUAUUUAAUGGGAUUAUGAAUAGGGUUGUCGCCGUCUCCGAAAGUCGAGAAAUUUGAGAGUAUCUUUUGCUGCCUCCCCGAAAGUUUUUCCCCGUGGCACUCACCCUCCCCCCAGUCAAAGAACAACCGACUUAUGGGAACAACCCGCAACCCACUUAUCUUUUUUAACUUUAACAAAUUUAUUUUACCAGAAUGCAUGUAAUUCCUGAUUCCACAAUGUUUCGUUCAUAUAUAAUAAUUUAUGGAAUUUGUUUAUUUUUUGGUGGAAUUAUUUCUUAUUUUCAAUUUAAUAUUUCAACAAUGUUAAAUACACCUGUUGACAAUUUGCUUUACUGCAAUUCUGGACUAUAUUCUGAUUUAUUAAGUAAUUAUUACAGCAAAAUAAUUAUUUUACUUUCUCUUUUCAAUUAUUUUAUAAUAUUUUGUAAAAUUAUUUGGUCUUCCUUUGGGAAAAAAUAUUUUAAGCCAAAAAAUCAAAUUUCUCCGAAUAAUGAUCGUCCAGAGAAAGGUAAAUAA